CUCUUUCUCUCUCUCUCUCUCUCCCUUCGCACCACAUCAUGGACCGGGCUGUCCUCUUCCCCGGGCCCCGGCCGCCGACCGAGAUUGUCUUGGCGGCCCCGGCGCUGCGUAAGCUCCAGGCAGACCAGUCCAAGUGGCUGGUGGACCUCGUGGCCAGCUACCUCACGGAGUCCGUCACCAAGACCCAGCUGCUGGCGCAGCUUGCCGCCAGCCCCUUCGAGGGGGCCCUCACGCAGCAGCAGCUGCUCGGGCUGUUUGCCGCCACGCGGGCCAUCCUACUGGCGGCCAGCCGGCGCCUCGGGGACAAUGUCCCGCCGGCCAUCAUCCUGUCCGAGUGGUGCAUCGACCCGCCCGGGGUCAAGCCCGCCAGUGGGGCCAUCCUCGGUGUGGGUGUCGGUGGCGAUGUGCGCAUUGGUCGGCCAUUUGCCGAGGCGGUGCUGGUGGCCCUGCCCCGGGUGCGUGCCCAUGCCCAGUCGGCGGCUACCCUGCACGCGGUCGGUCCGCGCUUGCAGGGGGCCACUCCGGGCACCGGCAGCCAUGCCCCGCUCAGCCCGCCGGAGCACCUGCCCCGGCUGCGGUCACUGAAGUGGCGCACAGACAUCGCCAUCUCCACCGGGACCCUGUCGCGUGCCAUGCACCCGACUCUGCUGCUGAGGUUUACCCUGUCCGAUGGCCGGAUCAUCCAGGCUGCCAUGCCGGUGGGUGGCAUCGGUCCCGAGGCCAAUGCCGUGUGGAACCGCCUUCGCCAGAGUGUAGCCAUGGCCGUGUACCGGACGUCCUGCGUCCGGGACCACCCGGUUCUGGCCAUUCGCGACUAAUCCCCCUGCGUGGUAGUCCCUCGGUCCCUGCCCGCGCGGUGGAUGGCCAGGGGGGGGGGAUUUGUCAGGGGGGUGCUCCCGCCUCGUCCUGCCCAGCCUCCCCCCCCCCCCCCUCCC